CCGCACAUUGGUUCAACUGCGACAGAGAAAAUCACUGAGGCAUAGGAAACUACAUGGAUUCUGACCUUCUGCCCCCGCACACUGCUUACACUGUCGCAAGCAAUAUUCACAGCCGCCAAGGCCAUCAUGGAUGCUGAGCCUGGGAAGAAGCUUCACUACCGCCGGAUCCAGAUUUCGAGGACCGUGUCUGGGAGCGUGGAUGACCAUGCGACCGUCCAGCCGCACCUCUCUCAGGCUGAGCUGGCAUUAUUCGCAGAGCCCAGUGCCGAGUCGCCAGAGGUGAUGCCAGCUACGGCCUCUCUGGGGUUCCGUGCUGCUUCGCAUCAAUGGCGCCGCCCGCAGGAAGAGAAUUGGUGCACCUUGAAAGAAUUCCAUCUGAUCGGCAUGGCGCGUCCCAAAUCCCGGCGCAACGCCUCCGACUCGUGGUACAACAUCCCGAUCCCUUUCAUGGCUUUCAUUACAAGAAAAAUACGAAUCGAGAGCUCCGGGCAUGGUGAAAUUACAGGACUUGUCGUUCAGUGUGCCCGCGUUCCCCUCUCUUCAACCUUCUUCCGUGUCGACGCAUCCCAACAAGCUGCGAGCAGCCCAGACGACGCCUUUACAGCCCGCUUCUUGCGGGAGAUGCAGCUGCUUGAUAGCAUGUACUCGCCUAUGCGCUCAAGUCCGAACGGCAGGCAGUGGUUUCUCCUCCAGGUAUACCACGCUCACCUCAAUCUGUUUGCCGCGUUCCUCGGGGUGUUCUCCGUCCACUUCCUCGAACCUCGAAUGUGCGCUCUCCAUGGGCCUGCAGGAAAACAGCGCAUAUUUCGAUGGAAAAUGGACGAGUUGAGGCGAGACAGUGGCUUCCUACGCGACCUGAAGCGCGUGGGAGCUGAAAUGAGAGCCACUCUGGAAUCUACAUUAGAUGUCACUUUGGCAGCCCAAGGAAACACCACAACAGCGUCUGCAAUCAUCUCGGCUGAAAUUCAAGGCUCUAUCCGGGAAGCCUGGACUCAUCUAGAGCAAAUGGCGGACGGGGUCGAACAUAAGACGGAUCUACUCACCACGACUAGGGAAAGGAGGCAGUCAGACAAUGUCAGACAGCUGACCAUCCUGGCGACAAUCUUCUUGCCUCUGUCACUGUCUGCUGGCAUACUCUCCAUGCAGGCACGGUUCAAAGACCUGGGGCCGCUUUUGUUUGAUUUCUUUGCCGUCUUCUCCAUUCUAGCCGUCCUUGCCACCCUGUUCAUUGCCGCCCUUCUGCUCUACGACAAGACUUCAGAGCUCAAUAGUAGGCUACAGUACAACACAAAGCACACAUAUCUCGCCUUUACCGAGACAUCGCAAGGAAUUGCAAAAGUUCUUUUGUUGAUUUUCGCAUUUGGACUUGCCCUGAUGGGUGGCAUUGGUAUGUUCUCGCCUUCGCCAAACCCCGAAGGAAUAUUCUUCGGGCUGGUGAUUUGGGGCGGCGCAGGAUUGUUUAUGGCCGUCUCUUCCAUCGGUUAUCGGUACCUGAUCUUGUUUCGUGCCCGCCGGAACACUGUGAGCAAUGGAGAGUUGACAGAUGGUCCCCAAGGUGAUGGUACCGCUGUCGGCAGCCGGGAGGGGGUGCCAAUGGCUUUGAUGACCAGCAGGAGAAACAGUUCGAGAAAUGCAUUUCUGCCAGCCUCCGUGCAUGUGCUGACCGAGCUACCUCAAGAAGGAGUAUAGCUGAAAAGGGAAGCGGCUGAA